UCAGCAGAGAUCGACGUUGACAGCCACAAACUAUAUGUUUUAGGAUGUGUUACCUCCGGAUAUUAGUUUAAAAAGCAAAAAGCAUAUUGAUACGCGUGAGAUAAGCGGUCGUAAUGAAGGCGAAGUCGGAGACAAAAGCCAAACACACCAUGCUGAGCUUAUAUAAAGGGUGAAAAACUUUGAAAUCGGUCUCUUGAGGAAAGACUGUUGGAGUGGCCGUGUGUUUCCGUGUAUCGUUGGUGAUAGUACACGCUGACGUGACACUUGAAAGAUGACGUUAAACAAACGUCCAGCGGCGAUGUCAGGUCGUGCUCAGGAGAUCCAGCAGGCCCUGGAGGAGCGCAUCCUGGUCAUCGAUGGAGCAAUGGGAACCAUGAUUCAGCGGCACAAGCUGGAGGAGGAGGACUACAGAGGAGAGGAGUUCAAGGACCACUCCUGCUAUCUCAAGGGCAACAAUGACCUGCUCUCUCUUACGAAGCCACAGAUUAUCCUAGGAAUUCAUAAGGAAUACUUGGAAGCAGGUGCUGAUAUUAUUGAGACAAACACCUUUAGUGGCACAAAAGUAGCUCAGGCUGAUUAUAAGUUAGAACACAUCUGCUAUCGACUGAACUUAGAGUCAGCUCGUCUAGCAAGACGUGCAGCGGAUGAGGUAACAGCAGCUACUGGGAAGCAGCGUUAUGUUGCUGGUGCUUUGGGUCCAACCAAUAGGACCUUGUCAAUAUCACCAUCUGUUGAGAGGCCUGACUUCAGGAAUAUUACCUUUGAUGAAUUAGUCCACGCAUACUCUGAACAAGCCAAGGGACUGUUGGAUGGAGGAGUCGACAUCCUGUUAGUUGAAACAGUUUUUGAUACUGCUAAUGCAAGAGCUGCUCUCUUUGGCAUUCAGUCUUUGUUUGAGACAGAGUAUGAUCCUGUACCUGUUUUUGUAUCAGGAACUAUUGUUGACAAAUCUGGAAGGACUUUGUCAGGCCAAAUGGGUGAAGCAUUUAUUAUUAGUGUGUCUCAUGCACAGCCUAUGUGCAUUGGCUUGAACUGUGCCCUUGGUGCUGUAGAAAUGAGACCUUUCAUCGAGUCCAUCGGACUAAAUACCAAGUCAUUUGUCAUUUGUUACCCAAAUGCUGGUCUCCCAAACACAUUUGGUGAUUAUGAUGAAACUCCUGAAACAACUGCCAAUCACAUCAGGGAGUUUGCGAGAGACGGUCUUGUCAAUGUUGUGGGAGGGUGUUGUGGAACUACACCAGAUCAUAUCAGGGCAAUAGCAGAGGCUGUAGCAGACAUUCAGCCUCGCAUCCCGCCAUCAUCUUUGUAUGAAGGUGCACUGCAACUGUCAGGGUUGGAGCCCAUGAGAGUUACCAAAGAAACCAACUUUGUUAAUAUUGGUGAAAGGUGUAAUGUUGCAGGUUCAAGGAAGUUCUGUAGACUGAUUAAGAAUAAUCAGUAUGAAGAAGCGCUUGCAAUUGCUAAAGCACAGGUUGAAAAUGGUGCUCAGGUGUUGGACAUUAACAUGGAUGAAGGUUUGUUAGAUGGCAAAGCUGCCAUGUCUCGCUUCCUUAACCUUAUUGCCACAGAGCCUGACAUCUGUAAGGUCCCAAUGUGUAUCGACUCUUCUAACUUUGAAGUGAUUGAAGCAGGCCUCAAAGUGAUUCAGGGGAAAUGCAUAGUAAACUCUAUUUCACUUAAGGAAGGAGAGGAGGACUUUCUUCAGAAAGCUAGAAUCAUAAAAAAGCAUGGGGCUGCAGUGGUUAUCAUGGCUUUUGAUGAAACAGGGCAGGCUGUGGAUAUAGAAAAUAAAGUGAAUAUAUGCCAACGCUCCUACAAAAUUUUGACAGAGAAAGUUGGAUUCGACCCAAAUGAUAUUAUUUUUGACCCCAACAUUCUGACUGUUGCAACUGGCAUAGAGGAACAUAACAUUUAUGGCAUCAACUUCAUUCAGGCUACAAAAUUGAUCAAGAGCACCUGCCCGGGUGCAAGAGUGAGUGGUGGUGUUAGCAACUUCUCCUUUUCAUUCCGAGGGAAGGACACCAUCCGCGAAGCAAUGCACUCAGUGUUUCUCUACCAUGCUAUCGCAGCAGGCAUGGAUAUGGGUAUUGUAAAUGCGGGUUGCCUGCCUCUCUAUGAUGACAUCAGCAAAGAGCUCUUACAGUUGUGUGAGGUUAUAUUGUGGAAUUUAGACCCUAAUGGUACAGAAAAGUUGUUAGCCUAUGCAGAAAAGUCUUCGGAACAGGCCAAAGUUGGAACAGUCACUGAUGACUGGCGGACAAAAUCAGUUCAGGAGAGAUUACAACAUUCUCUAGUGAAAGGUAUUGAUAAGUACAUUGAAUUAGACACAGAGGAAGCAAGACAAUGUAAGGACAAAUACCCAAGGCCCCUGAAUGUCAUUGAAGGUCCACUCAUGAGUGGAAUGAGUAUAGUUGGAGAAUUGUUUGGCAUUGGAAAAAUGUUCCUUCCCCAAGUCAUCAAAUCUGCCCGAGUGAUGAAGAAAGCUGUUGCAUACUUAAUCCCAUUCAUGGAAGAGGAGCGUGCUGCCCAGCUAGGGGACAGUGAUGAAAUUUCUGACAAUGACAGGUACAAUGGCACCAUUGUCCUGGCUACAGUUAAGGGUGACGUCCACGACAUCGGAAAGAAUAUUGUUGGUGUCGUUCUAGGUUGCAAUAAUUACCGAGUGGUUGACUUGGGAGUAAUGUGUCCCUGUGACAAGAUUCUGGAGGCAGUAAUUGCAGAGAAAGCAGACAUAUUGGGAUUGUCAGGGUUGAUCACUCCCUCUCUUGAUGAAAUGAUCUUUGUUGCUCGGGAGAUGGAAAGAUUGGGCUUGCAGAUACCAUUACUUAUUGGUGGAGCAACAACUUCAAGAGCUCACACUGCAGUCAAAAUUGCACCAAGGUAUAAACACCCAGUAGUGCACGUGUUAGAUGCUUCCAAGAGUGUGGUUGUGUGUUCCUCCCUCCUGGACUCAAAUAAUUAUGAUGACUUUAUAGAUGACCUGAAGGAAGAUUAUGAAGCAAUAAGAGAAGAACACUAUGAUAGCCUCCAGGAAAAGAAAUACGUCAGUUUGGAAGAAGCACAAAAAAGAAAAUUUGUCAUAGAUUGGAAAAAUGAGUUAUCACCAGUGGUACCAAAGUUCUUGAACACAAAGGUCUUCAGGAACUAUGAUCUGAGCCUCCUGACGCAAUACAUUGACUGGAAGCCCUUCUUUGAUGUCUGGCAGUUACGGGGAAGAUAUCCUAACAGAGGAUACCCAAAGAUUUUCAAGGAUGAAACUGUAGGAGCAGAAGCAAAACGCGUUUAUGAUGAUGCACAAAAGCUUCUCAAAAACAUUAUAGCAGACGGCUCCUUAGUUGCUCAUGGCAUUGUAGGCUUUUACCCUGCUAACAGUGUUGGAGAUGACAUAGAAAUCUACAGUGACGAAUCAAGAUCGCAGGUUCUUGCAAAAUUGUAUGGUCUUAGACAGCAGGCUGAAAAAGAAAGUCAUGACCCAUUUUGCUGCAUAUCAGACUUCAUUGCUCCAAAGGAAACAGGAGUAAAGGAUUACAUUGGCAUGUUUGCUGUCACAGCAGGCUUUGGCACCGAUGAACUCUGCAAACGAUUCCAGGCAGACUUUGAUGAUUAUAAUGUUAUCUUGGUCAAGGCCAUCGCUGAUAGGCUGGCGGAAGCCUUUGCGGAAGAACUCCACGAGAGAGUCAGGAAAGACUUGUGGGGUUAUGCUAGUGCCGAGUAUCUGGAAGCAAAUGAUCUACACAGAAUCAAAUAUCAGGGCAUCAGACCUGCCCCUGGAUACCCCAGCCAGCCAGACCACCAAGAGAAGCAGACAAUGUGGAGUCUCAUGGGAGUUGAAGAAGCAACAGGUAUUGGGCUCACGGAAGCUCUCGCCAUGACUCCUGCUGCGUCAGUAUCCGGUCUGUACUUCGCCAACCCCAAGAGCCACUACUUUUCCGUCGGCAAAGUGGACAAAGAUCAGGUGAUGGAUUAUGCAAAGCGCCGUGGGACUGAUGUCCAAGUUGUAGAAAAGUGGUUGGGCACAAAUCUGUCCUAUGAUGUGGUUGAAGAAUAAGAUACCUGAAAUAAGAAAGAGAAGAAGAAAAAACACGCAAUUUUGUAAAACAAAUAUACUUCAUAAUUUUCUCUUUGUAUUUAAAAAAAAAACAUGAAUUAU